AUGCCUGUCUCUGCAUCUGUGACCGGGAAGAAUGAGUCACCCACUACGAACAGUUCAUCAACCAUUAAACUAGUUCCGACCAAUGGGAAGUUCCACAAAGUAGACAAGCUCGACGAGCCAAUAUAUCGGUACGAAGGGAGGCGAAGGCCUCACAGCCAAUCGACCCGAAAUCGACACGGUCGACGCUGGACUGCCGGCGCCCGAUUGGCGGUAAGGGGUGGGUCGCGCCGCAUACAGAUGGGCGCGUGCUGGCUGUCCAAUGACCCAUCAGGAAAGCCAAAUCGCCAAAUCGCACCCACGAGGCGUGCUGUCGUGCACUCGUGGCUAGUGUGGAUGGGACGACGGGUCCAAAGUCAUGACACCACAAUUGCCAAGACCUGGACCUGGACAUUGUGUUACGCGCCCGCGAUUGCGGCUGUGCAUAGUAAGAGAGAUGCGCUCGCCAAAAUGUCGCGCGGUUGUGAGGCGUGCGGAACAGACCACUGCAUUGAUACUGCACACCAGACACGAAAAUCAGACGGGUGUGCGCUUUUCGGGCCCCGGGUAACCUCGACUGCCGCCCGCUCGCUCACUGCACUGCCCCUCCAGCGUAGUAGUGCCUGA